AUGGGUUCGAUCUCAAUUCCUGCGCUGUCUUCCGUAGACCAUCCUCUUUCUUAUCCUAAGCCCCUUGAGCGACAGAGAAAAUACUUCAAUCUCGAUCAGAAGGAGAAGGGACAUGAUGGGACCAUCAAGGAGAAUUGGGGCUCGGAACGAGAGUACUCCCCUUUAGUCGUGCAAAACUCUCCCCAAGACAAAAUUCUAUACAUCUACGAGCGACAACACAUUGUUGACCUGUGCAACACUUAUGCGUACACCCUGGAUUCGACCAUGAUGGAUUUGAAAGUUGCAGAAGACUGGGCGAACCUCUUCACCGAAGAUUGCGUAGUGACAUACCCAUUUGGCACACAUCAUGGAAGAGAAGGCCUCGCAAAAUUCGGCAUGAUUGCUGAGUCGCGCUUUAAGCGAAUGCUACACAUUGCCGCCAACUUUACCGUCUUUUUCGAAUCAGACGAUGUGGCUCAUGCCCGGUAUACAUGCUUCGCCACGCAUGGCAGAAGUGAGCAUGAUUUGUCUGAGCAUUUCAUGGAGGGAGGGUAUUAUUAUUCGACUUUCAGGAGAGUACACGGUGAUUCCGGUGAUAUCUGGAAGUUCACCAAUCUUACCUUGGAGAUGAUCUGGACUUUGGGAGACUCGAUAGGCUUGAAUGAUCCUCGUGACAAAUAA